AUGGCUGAUGAAGGUGCACCAGCAUUCCGUACACUGGUAGAACGACAUGGGGGGUCUAAUUCUUCUUGCACAAAGGGUGACAAAGGUGGUAAAGGAGAGGUUGGGAGCCCUGGCCCUAUUGGCCUUCAGGGAUUGAAGGGAGACAAAGGGGAAUAUGGAGAAUUAGGUCCAAAAGGUGACUCUGGAGCAAAAGGAGAUCCUGGAGAGAAAGGAGAAAGAGGCCAAGCAGGUGCAGAUGGAGCACAAGGUUUGGAAGGGCCACCAGGGAUUCAAGGACCUCCAGGUAUGAAAGGAGAUCCAGGGAUACCAGGAGUUGAGGGUGUUCCUGGAGAACAGGGGCUGACUGGACUACCUGGCCGAAAAGGAGAAAAAGGACAGAAGGGAGACUGCAACCCAGUUGAAUCCAUAGCAUUCUCAGCUGGUCUUCAGAAAAGAAGAAGCUUUCCUUUGCCAGGAUCCCCAGUGAAGUUUGAGAAGAUUUUCCUAAAUGAAAACGAAGCCUAUGAUGUUGAGACGGGCAUAUUUACUGCAAGUGCAGGGGGCAUCUAUUCUUUUAGUUACCACCUGAGUGUUUCCAGCAAAUCACUAAGAGCCGCACUUUUCCACAAUGGCCAAAGAAUUAUCCAGGUGUCAAGCGUAAGGGAAUCUCCACAGGGCCUUAGUCAGGUUUCUGGAUCAACAUUAGUUCAACUGUCUGAAGAUGAUGAAAUUUGGCUUCAGAUUUUGAAUGGCUCUCAGAAUGGCCUGAUGGCUGAUGAAACCACUGAUUCCAUAUUUUCUGGAUUCCUGUUUGGCAAAGUUAAGAACCUUAACAGCUUGCCAAAUCCUGACCUACCAGAAACAAGUACACAUGUUGACUGGGCUAGGCUAACAAAUGCCGUAGUAAUGUGGGGUAUAAAUUGGCGUUGGGCCAUCUUCAUCAUAAUGAACGUUGUUGCUGAUCUGAACACAGAAGGCAAAAGUACCCCAUCCCCAAAGCACACUAAGAUAAAAGCCAUUGAAAUGGAAGCCACCGAAAGUCAUGACACGUCUGUUGCCCCACUCACUGAAGAUGGACUUUUCACAGACAUAGCUGAAACCAGUGACACGACGAUGGAACUGUCCACCCCAAACUACGCCUUCAGAACAGCCACCACACUCUUCCCAUUUGAAAACUUUACCCUUGAUUCUGCUGACUUCUUCUUUAAUUGUUGUGAUUGCUGCACCCCGACUGCAGGACCGAAAGGGGAUCCCGGAGAGCCCGGCCCGCCAGGGCCAAAAGGAGAGAUAGGAGAGAAAGGCCUCGCAGGCCUACCAGGAAUUCCGGGACUACAAGGCCCAAAAGGAUUCAAAGGAGAUAAAGGAGAUAAAGGAGAACAUGGUGACCAAGGAGCAAAUGGAAUCCCUGGAUAUCCAGGCAAACCAGGAGAACAAGGUGAAAAUGGACUUAAAGGUGACAAAGGAAACUAUGGCCUGCCUGGAGUGAAGGGUCAAAAGGGUUCCAAGGGAGACACGUGUGAAAACGGCACCAAAGGAGAGAAAGGAGACAAGGGAGAGUUAGGAUUGCCAGGGAUUGAUGGUGAACAUGGAGAAAAAGGAGAAAAGGGGGAUGUUGGUGAGAAGGGUUACUGUGGAGAUCCUGGCGAAAAGGGGGACAGGGGAGAAAGAGGGGAAAUUGGGCUUAAAGGGGAAAAGGGCAUCAAAGGAGACAUGGGUGUAGAAGGCAUGCAUGGAGCAGAUGGGCCAAGAGGGGAAAAGGGUGACCCAGGUGUCAGAGGUGAAAAAGGUGACCCGGGUCCAGUUGGGAUGAUGGGACCUCCUGGGAUGAAAGGAUUUCCUGGCUUCAAAGGAACUCGAGGAGCUCCUGGAAAGAAAGGUGCAAGAGGGCCCAAAGGUUCAAAGGGGGAGGCUUCGAACACCCCAAGAUCAGCUUUCAGUGUUGGCUUAUCCAAACCUUUCCCACCCCCGAACCUUCCAAUUAAAUUUGACAAGAUUCUGUACAAUGACCAAGAGGAUUAUAAUCCUUUGACUGGGAAGUUCAACUGUAGCAUUGCAGGGGCAUACGUCUUCUCUUACCAUAUGACCAUCAGAGGGCGGCCUGCUCGAAUUAGUAUUGUUUCCCAUAAUAAGAAGAUAGUCAAAACUCGGGAGACACUCUAUGGCCAGGAGAUAGACCAAGCUUCAUUCCUUACAAUUUUGAAAUUAAGUGCGGGAGAUCAGGUUUGGCUGGAGGUGACACGAGACUGGAAUGGGGUUUACGUUAGUGCAGAAGAUGACAGCAUUUUCUCUGGCUUCCUUUUGUAUCCAGAUGACGCAUUUGAAACCUUAUUAUAA